CGGCUUUUUUCCCUGUGUGUUGCCAUACUGCAAUGUCCGGGAGUCCUGCUGUGGUUCUUCGUCUGGUGGCCUCAGCUUACACUGUGGCUGAGAAAGCUGGAGAGAUUGUGAGGAAAGUACUUCACCGUGGAGACCUCGGCAUAGUGGAGAAGGAAGGCGCUCAUGAUCUGCAGACAUUAGCAGACAGACUUGCACAGAAGAGCAUCUGUGCUUCACUGUCUAGACGCUUCCCCAAAAUCACUAUUAUUGGCGAGGAGGAACUUCCAGCUGAGGAGGUCACAGAGGACCUGAUUGAAAAUGGCCAAUCAGAAGAAAUUCUUCAGAAAGUAUGUCCAGCAGAAUACAGUGGAUUGAAAGAGGAGGAGCUAGUCGUUUGGGUGGAUCCAGUGGAUGGCACUAAGGAGUACACUGAAGGGCUUCUCGAUAAUGUGACGGUGCUUAUCGGAAUCGCCUAUGCAGGCAGAGCAAUCGCAGGUGUCGUCAACCAGCCUUUCUACAACUACCAGCUUGAGCCAGGGGUGCAUAUGGGGAGAACCAUGUGGGCAAUGCUUGGCCUGGGUGCCUUCGGAUUUCAGCUACAAGAAGUUCCGAACAACAAACGCAUAGUCACGACCACCCGUUCCCAUAGCAACAAGAUUGUAACAGACUGUGUCAAUGCAAUGGAACCUCAUGAGGUUAUAAGAGUGGGAGGUGCAGGAAACAAGAUCAUCCAACUUAUCGAGGGCAAGGCUUCCGCUUAUGUCUUUGCAAGUCCAGGAACCAAAAAGUGGGACACAUGUGCUCCUGAAGUUCUCCUGCAUUGUGUUGGAGGUAAACUGACGGACAUGUUUAAUAAUCCAUACUGCUAUGACGCUAAUGUGAAACGUAUGAACUCUGCUGGUGUUCUCGCAACGCUCCGAAAUCACGAAUACUACAUCAGCAGAGUGCCUCAGUCGGUGCUGCAAGCCCUCAAAUCUGACUGAGGCGCCUGCAGUAUUCUGUGUACAUAACACACACUAAUGUCAUAUAUCACAGACAAACUGUUGGUAUAAAAAAAGACGACUCAUCGUGGCCGUUUUUGAUGACUACAGUGGGCUCAUGCCAAACAGGCUGAGGUCAUUUUCCAAUAUAUUUUAUAUUUAAUGCAGAGUGGUUAGUCAUCUGUAAAAUAUAUUUAACAAUAAAAUAAAUACUCUCAAUUUUCAUCCUGUAAU